AUGGUGCUGAAUCGGCGCGGUGGUGCCAAGUUGGCAUAUCGAGACUUUGGCGUGGCAAACAAGCACUUUGAUGUUGUGGUGAUCGGUGGCGGGCCUGGUGGAUAUGUGGGUGCGAUUCGGGCGGCGCAGCUCGGGUACAAAACAGCGAUCAUCGAGCGUGCUCGCUUGGGUGGUGUGUGUCUGAACUGGGGAUGCAUUCCAUCGAAGGCACUCAUCGCGAACGCGGAACUGAUGGAAAAGCUCGCGGAGCAGGAAGAAUGGGGCAUCAGCACAGGCGAGGUCAAGUUUGACUGGAACAAGGUCAUCGGGCGCUCGCGUGAUGUCGCGGACAAGCUCAACAAGGGUGUUGAGUUCCUGAUGAAGAAGAACAAGAUCGAGUUCUUCAACAAGCACGCGAAGAUUGUCAAGGCCGGGCCGAAGGUUGAAAUCGAGCUUCGGGACUGCAAGCUCAACGAGGAGUUCACGCCUUCACCUGUGGAGGUUGGGAAAGCAGCAGAGACGAUCACGGCGGACAAGGUGAUUGUCGCGACCGGCGCGGUUGCUCGUGAUCUGCCGUUCGCGAAGUUUGAUGGGGACAAGAUCUGGGGUGCUCGCGAGGCGAUGCACAACAAGGAGAAACCUGACCAUUUGAUCGUGGUGGGCGCAGGCGCGAUCGGGAUGGAGUUCGGGUAUGUGUACAAGAACUUCGGAUCGAAGGUGACGAUCAUCGAGAUGCUGGAUCGCUUGGUCCCUGUCGAGGACGAGCAGGUCGGCAAGGAGAUGACGAAGGUCUACAAAAAGCACGGCUUUGACGUGAAGGUUAAAACCGGCGUGAUGGACAUCGACACCAAAGGCAAGGGUGUCAAGGUCACCUGUGCUCCGAUCGGCAAGGACGGAAAGCCUGAUGCUUCCAAGAAGGAAGUGAUCGAGGGCGACAAGGUCUUGCUCGCGAUCGGGGUGGUUGGUCGCUUUGAUGGGUUGUUCGAUGAGUCGCUUGGACUGGAGACGGUCAAUGGUCACAUCAAGACGGACUAUGUGCCUUUGAGCAGUGAUUCUCCGAGUGAUCCCAAGGCGCUGGAUUACAAGACGAAUCUGCCUGGGAUUUACGCGAUUGGUGAUGUGAUCGGUCCGCCUUGGUUGGCGCACGUUGCUGGUGAAGAGGCGGUGCUGUGUGUCGAGCGGUUCGCAUUCAAAGAAGGCAAGGCGAAGCACGAUCCCAUCCCGAUGGAUUACACGGUGAUCCCAGGAUGUACAUACUGUCAUCCACAGGUCGGAUCGGUCGGAUACACGGAGCAGGCGCUCAAGGCGCAGGGUCUGAAGAAGGGCGAGGACUACGAGGUCGGCGUCUUCCAGAACCAAGCGCUCGGCAAGGCGAUCGCGACGCGUCACACCGAUGGGUUUGUCAAGAUCAUCCGCGGGCUCCCUCGCGGCGAGAUCCUCGGCGCGCACAUCAUGGGUGAUCAAGCGACGGAACUCAUCGCGGAGCUCACGCUCGGACGCCGUCUCGAAGCGACGACAGAAGAGAUCAUCGCGACGGUCCACGCGCACCCAACAAUGCACGAAGCGGUGCACGAGGCGGCGCUGGCGUCUGAGGGGCGUGUGAUCAACUCGUAA